UCACAACCGUAUCUAUUUUUCCUCAGGGUUCAGGCAACUAAUCCCAUUUGCAUCACCCUUCGUCUGCUUCUUAGCUAGGGUUCGAAGCACCACCGUCCCCUUCCCGGCCAAUCAUCAGUUCGAAACCACUAACCGUCUUGCUGCCGAAGACGUGUUCGGGGGAUUUGUUUCAAGGAAAAGAAUUAUGGUAGCUGUGAGGCUACAUCUGGUUUGACGUCAAGUCUUGCAUUCACACCAGUGCAGAUGAGUGUUGUUACCGAUUCUCCUGUGCAUUCGUCCAACAGUGAUGACUUCAUUGCAUUUCUUGAUGCUGAACUUGGUGCUAGUUCACCCGAAUCCUCGCCAGAUAAAGAGGCUGAAAACGAAGAUGAGCUUGAGAGUGUCAGCAGAAUUAAAAGACGUAAAAUUGAAAGCACUGAAGAUAUGGAGGGGUCUACUUCAGAAGGAAUCAUCAAACAGAAUUUAGAGACAUCUAUCAAAGUAGAUGUAUGUACACAUCCUGGCUCGUUUGGAAGUAUGUGUAUACGUUGUGGGCAACAGUUGGAUGGGAAAUCUGGUGUGACAUUUGGGUACAUACAUAAGGGACUGAGACUUCAUGAUGAGGAAAUUUCUAGAUUGCGUAAUACAGACAUGAAGAGUUUGUUAUGUCGUAAAAAGCUCUACUUGGUUCUUGACCUAGAUCACACACUACUAAAUUCCACUCUCCUUGCUCAUUUGAGUUCAGAAGAGUCACAUUUGCUUAAUCAGACAGAUUCUCUACGAGAUGUCUCCAAAGGUAGCCUCUUCAAAUUGGAGCACAUGCAUAUGAUGACCAAGUUAAGGCCCUUUGUCCGCUCAUUUCUGAAAGAAGCUACUGAAAUGUUUGAGAUGUACAUAUAUACCAUGGGUGACCGGCCAUAUGCAUUGGAGAUGGCUAAGCUACUUGAUCCUCAAGGAGAGUACUUCAAUGCUAAGGUUAUUUCUCGAGAUGAUGGGACUCAGAAGCAUCAGAAGGGUCUUGAUGUUGUGUUAGGACAAGAAAGUGCUGUUCUAAUUCUUGAUGAUACAGAACACGCAUGGUUGAAACAUAAAGAUAAUCUUAUACUGAUGGAAAGAUACCAUUUUUUUGCUUCAAGUUGUCGACAGUUUGGUUUUAAUUGCAAAUCCCUUGCUGAACUGAGGAAUGAUGAAGAUGAAACUGAUGGAGCGCUUGCAAAAAUCCUCAAAGUGCUAAAGCAAGUCCAUUGCACAUUCUUUGAUAAACAUGAAGAUGAUCUUGUUAACCGAGAUGUGAGGCAGGUUUUGUCAUCAGUUCGAAGUGAAGUCUUGAGCGGAUGUGUGAUUGUUUUCAGCCGUAUUUUUCAUGGUGUAUUGCCAUCUCUGCGGAAGAUGGCAGAGCAGAUGGGAGCUACAUGUUUGGCAGAAGUUGACCCAUCUGUGACACACGUAGUUGCUACUGAUACUGGAACUGAAAAGUCCCGGUGGGCAGUGAAAGAAAACAAGUUUUUGGUUCAUCCCCGAUGGAUAGAGGCUGCAAACUAUUUUUGGGAAAAGCAGCCUGAGGAGAACUUCAUCAUCAAGAAGAAGCAGUAGGCAUUUUCCUCGUAGUAUCAAACAGUGCUGUGUUCAUAAUUGUUUGCUUACCAUAGUGACUCAAGUAUCUGAAAGUAUAUGUAAUACCCAACCAACAGCCAUCUAACUAAGAAUCAUGAACCACUGACUUACAAUUGGAAUAGAAAACAACCAUUUUUAUCUCUAACUCGUAUGCUUCUGGACUACUUGUGUCAUGGUUGUCUUAGUGCAUGCUUACAAUGAAGUUUUAUGACAAGGAGUCUUCGAAAAUGAAGCUUUAGAUCU